UCUUCGCUGAAAGAGAAAUCCCUGUCUAGUCAUGGGCCCUGAGCACACGGUGCCGAGCCGGGAAUGACAACAAUUCACAUGCUCAUUAUCUCGGGAUAGCACCUAAUCGGGAGGAGCGAGACCGCCACAGCAGAUGCUUCCUAUGCGGCAGUGCAGAGAGGCUGCAAAGAGCUCGAGGACUCAAGCAACUGAGAUCUUUGACAGAAAGUGCCUUGACCGACAACAUCCCUACUUGAAGCUGCUCACUGGUCCACACAUGUAUGUCUCUCUAAAUCUGGCCUCACCAGAGCUGUGACAGAAAAUACAAUACCUCAAUACCGCAACACUUGGCCCUCCAUUGCAUUCCCGCUCAACUCCCAAAACUCCCCGACUUCAAGUGGAAAGAUUUAGAGCAGGAGGAGGAGCCGCUGACGAAGCACAAAGAGCAGACCGGUUCUGAGACUUGAUAAAUACCAGCAACGGUCUGCAUGUCCUACUAGUCUUAAUAUUCCACUAAGGAGUGCCAUUGCCUUGAGAGUGCCGGAGACACUCUGAUGGUCUGUCUGUCCAGCAUACGGCCUGGCAUGUCCCUUUCCCCUGCUCGAGGUCUGCACCAGGGACAGAGUGAUUGAUGAGUGACCAGCCGCUGACAGAUAACUUGGUCUGUUCCCCAUGCUGCUGCCGUGUUGGCGUAUCAACCCGCCAUCUUGUCAGUUUCAGACCUUCUCAAACCGAUAACCUGAGCCAAAAGUCUUGAACAAUUUUUUUUUGUCCCAUUAGCUUCUCGCAGAGGCUUUCCAAGAAUAUUUUUUUGUAAACGAAGACCGAACCGCAGUCAAUAUCUUCUCCAAAAAAACCCCAAGGCUUCUCUUCCCCCUGUUUUUGAUAUGGCUUUAAACAUUGCUUCAAUACGGGACACAAAAUGGCUGACGCUGGAAGUGUGCCGGCAGUUUCAGAGAGGAACGUGUUCACGUAGUGAUGAGGAAUGCAAAUUUGCACACCCGCCGAAGAGCUGCCAGGUGGAAAAUGGAAGAGUUAUUGCCUGCUUCGACUCACUAAAGGGUCGGUGUACAAGAGAAAACUGCAAAUACCUUCACCCGCCAGCACACUUAAAAACCCAGCUGGAGAUAAACGGGCGCAACAAUCUCAUCCAGCAGAAGACGGCCGCCGCCAUGCUGGCCCAGCAGAUGCAGUUCAUGAUCCCGGGCACGACCAUGCAGCCCAUGCCCACGUUUCCUGUGUCCCAAGGCCUGGGGACGAACCAUGGAAUUAGCUACGCUCCUUAUCUCACCCCUAUGACCCACGGAAUGGGGCUGGUUCCCACAGAGAUGCUCCCCAGCACCCCGGUCAUCGUUCCCGGGAGCCCCCCUGUCACAGUGCAGGGCUCCUCCUCCACACAGAAGCUACUGCGAACCGAUAAGCUGGAGGUGUGUCGGGAGUUCCAGCGGGGAAACUGCGCUCGGGGAGAGACGGACUGCCGAUUCGCGCACCCCAGCGACAGCCCCAUGAUAGACACGAGCGACAACACGGUCACCGUCUGCAUGGACUACAUCAAGAGCCGCUGCUCCCGCGAGAAGUGCAAGUACUUCCACCCCCCUGCACACCUGCAGGCCAAAAUCAAAGCCGCGCAGCACCAGGCCAAUCAGACGGCCGUGGCUGCACAGGCGGCCGCCGCAGCCAUGACUCAGUCGACUGCCAAAGCAAUGAAGCGACCCCUCGAGGCAACUGUAGAUCUGGCUUUCCCCCACGGCGUCCUGCAGCCGCUACCAAAGAGACCAGCACUUGAAAAGAGCAACGGGGCCAGCACACUCUUCAACCCCAGUGUUUUGCACUACCAGCAGGCUCUGGCCAACGCACAGCUGCAGCAGCCUGCGUUCUUUCCCGCAGGGUCAGUCUUGUGCAUGACUCCUGCUACCAGCAUUGUACCCAUGAUGUACAGUGCUACGCCUGCUACUGUCUCUGCAGCAACAACUCCUGCCACAAGUGUCCCCUACGCAGCAACAGCACCAGCCAAUCAGAUCAUCCUGAAGUAACACACAGGAAAGGAACAGCGUGUCAAGAUGCUGCACUAAGGAGCCCAAAAGCACCCUUCUGUAAAUACUACCUUUCCUCCAUAGACCUACAGCAACCUGCAUGCUAAAAAACUAUAAGAAUUAAGGAUGACUCAUUAACUAUAACAUUGAGUGCUGGUGUAAAAUAUACAAAUGAUGUAUAUGUAUUGCUAGGAAAAUAAUGACAUGUAAAUGACACAAUCAAAAAAAAAAAGUAUGUACAUACACUAUGUUGACAAAACUUGGAGAUUUCAUUUUAAUGAUCGUUUUUGAGAUAUGCUCUAAGUAAUGUGGGUUCUUCUCUUUCCAUAUUUGUUUUUAAAACUGCACAAAAAAAUUCACCCUUGGAAAACACCAAAUUUGCACUGUCAGAAAAGGAAAAAGUGCUUAAUGUAAAGUGCUGGAUUGUUUUAAACGGGCAGUGCGUCACAGGAAAGCCCCUGGUGGUUUUGUCCCAGAAGUACAGGUGCUGCAUGAGGCUCUUUAAGCCAGGCCAGAGGGAGUGCCUGUUUUUGUUUUUGUUUUGUCUGCUGGUUUUGUAUUCCUUAAAAAGAAUGAAUGUCACAGCAGGUAGGCUGGGGUUUCUGACGGUGUCGACUUUACUGUGGGGCUCGCUGCUUCCGCUCCUGUCCCCACCGAACACACACACACACACAGCCAACACACACAUACACUCUCUCACACACACACACACAUACACACACACACAUACACCCAAUGCAUGCACGCGCACACACAUACACUCUCUCACACACACACACACACACAGCCAACACACACAUACACUCUCUCACACACACACACACAUACACACAUACACCCAAUGCAUGCACGCGCACACACAUACACUCUCUCACACACACACACAUACAGCCAACACGCAUACACACACACAUACACACACACACAGCCAACACACACAUACACCCAAUACAUGCAUGCACAUCCAACACACACACACACAUACAGCCAACACACACAUACACACCCAACACACACAGACACAUGCACACAUACACACUCCCAACACACACACACACACACACCCAACACAAACACAUACACACCCAACACGGAUACACACCCGCACACUCUUUCAUAACCUGGUGACGCCCAUGUUCCACACACGCUCUAUCCCGCCAAGUAGAAUCGGUCGCAACAAAAUGCAAGCACGUUUUCUAGACGGCGUGACAGCCAAAUCCAGCGCUUGGACGCAGGAAUCUCGAACUAGACCCCAGCUGAUUGACUAAUUUCGACUCCAGCGCUGACUAAUUCCGACUCCAGAAACACCACCUGAAAAAUCUUUGUUUUGUUUUUUCCCUCUUUCUCUUUGUUGUUUUCAUGAGGGCGGGGGGUGGAGGGGGGGGUUUUAUUUGGAAAACCGGCCAUCAGGGAGUAGCAACGCUGCCCCCAGUGUUGUGCCAAGGGCUUACGAAGGGGGCCGCCAGGCUAAUCACACACACAAAGCCACAUCCGUCUGCAGGCAGACUUUAACACGAGUGAGCGGGGAGCGAGCGGGGUCCCAGGGCUGUCUGGGGCGCGGUCGCAGUCGGGAGCAAAGCUCAAGGGGGACGACACGACACGGAACGACUUUACGGAGAGCUCGGGCUCAUCAAAGGUGCAUUAGACCAUCCUGGCCAGAUACGACCAGUCGCAUUUGUAAAGGAAAGCUAUGGGUGACCGCCAGUCGCGGCCACGCUCUUCUUCGAUAAUCCUGUUUUAUUUGAAACUGUAGAAGUGCCUAAAACGUUUUACAUUACAAGCAUCUCGUGAAGAUGACUCCAUGUCAGUGAGACACCAAUCCGCUUAUACCAACUUUCCUAACGGCUCUCCAUCGAGUUGGGGGGGAAAACUGCAAAGCAUACAGUAAAUGGCUUAGUCAGUUCAAGUUGUUAAGGGACACUCUUUGAUCUUCUGAAAUACUACCAACAAAGCCACACAACUCAAUUUUCAGCAGAAACUAAUCAAUACCACUUGGGCAGAAUGUUUGAUUCUUUCAUACUGUAAUGUUCGUUUUUACCAUGGGUUCUGAAGUAGUUUACAUUGGAAACGUGAUGACGAGUGAGAAUACAGGAAAUGUGUUGUGAUGCGUUUGUAACACGUUUGUCUAUUGUCUUCGUGUUGAAAUUCAUUGUCAUUGCAAUGUAUUCGAAACCAAUCAAACUUGUUUUGUACAAUGACCAUUAUAAUAUUUCAUUAUCGAGUAUCAAAAUAACAGUCUGCUGUUUUUAUGAUAUGACAUGGUCACACAUGUAACCACAUUGUGUAUGUCAGCCACCAUAUUAUUACCUAACAUGUUUUGUAAUUCUUUGAGAGUGCAUUUCAGUGCAGUUUAAGACUAAUAAUUACAUGCAGACUUUAAUUUCCCUUUUUUUGCGCAUGUGUUAAAAAUGUAAUCAGAAUCAUGAUAUAUUGUCAUGAUGCUUGAUUAACACAGACAAUCCACAAUGAGACUCCUUUAUGUCAGCAUGAACAAGGCACUGGUCUUACAAUUUGUAUUCUUUUUUUUUCAUUCAAUAUGAUUUUGUUUUCUUCACAAAAGUUACAGUUUUAAUGUAAUUUUUGAUGUGGAAAGUGAUUACAUAUAUUUUAUUGUCUUGAUUUUAUUUUAUUUUUUCCGUUAAAUAUUAGUAAUAGAAUGAUGUUGUAACCUAUUCUAUUUUAAAAUGAAUGUAAUUUAUUAAGCUGCUCUUUGUUCUGCUGGAGGCUCUUCAAAAAGGCCAGUCCUGUCAGAUCAGCCAAUGAGGAGCCAGUCUGAAAUGAGAGGCGGGGUCUGAGAGCUUACUGCACCAAUGGCAAGCUCUUUCAGAUCUUUCCGUCUUGUCAACUGUCACUAACACAGGACAAUGCAUUGCAGAAUGAGUAAGGCUUUAGAAUUGCUUGUAUAAUGUAAAAAUGUUUAUUGUAUAGGUAACAUUUUACCAAAAAAAAAAAAAAGAAAAGAAAAAUUUAAAAAGACAUGUACUUUUCACUGUAGUAUGGUAGUAUUUCAUAACAAUAUUAAGUUGUUGCUGUGGCAACCUAAAGUUGCAAUGACUAAAGUUCUGUAUUUUUGUAAAUGAUGUAAUUGUUAAGUUCAUUUUUUUCCUAGAACACUGUACCACACUAGAUUGUAAAACAGAUAUUGGAACAUUUCCUAUUUUAUGUCGAGAUUAUAUACAGUAAUAUUUUCAGUAACAUGUAAUCACCUCUGUAUCACAAUGUAUAUUUCUUUUUCAUUUAAGAAAUAAAAGGAAGAGCUCCAAAUCGCAUUUAAUAUAUUACCAGAAAUAUAAUACUCCAUUCCACCAAAAAAAAAAAAAAAAAUUUAAUGACAGCCAAGCAGUUAAAAUGGUCGGCUCUUCUCCUCAUAGUUAGUCAAGGAACACCCUGGCUUCCUAACAACCAGUGGAAACUAUUUGUUAAAGUAGUGCUUGAUGGUUUAUCAGCAGAAUUUAGGAUUGCACUUUGUUCCAGUACUUAUAUAAUUGUUCUAUUUCUAAGUAAUGCAUAUUGUGUAGGGUAUGGCAAAGUUAACAUCAACAUUUCAUUGUUAUUAUCCACUACUUGUUACCAUUAACAUAUUAAUCUUCAAUGAGCAUCUUGCAUGUUUUAUUUUGUAUUGUUUUUUUAAACAAACAGGAUGCUUGCUUAUUAAAAAAGAUUUUAAGAUAUAAUGAAUGUUUCUAGGAGUACAAAAAAAAAGUCUGCACAUGAAAGACAAAAUCCAAUGUGUCCUUUGCUGUGAUGUAGUGCACCCAGCUACAGGACUUAAGUUUAAUGCACAGUCAAAAGGUUUUGACAUUGAUUUGAUGGUAAAUGUAAGCACUUUCUGGGCUGUUGCUUAACUGGACAGACCCAGCUUAUCUGUAAACUUUGCCUUACCUUUAGUGUACUGUCUUUUUGAUUUUAUCUUCCUAAAAUAUAGGGUUGUUCCUGGUCUUCUGAAAUGACUUUCCAAUUGCAGUUAUUUAUACACAGAAUCGUUUAUGGUUUCACUCCAGACAUUUGCAUUGAGGCCAAAGUGGUGGAGUGGUGACAGGAACAGUCUAGUUUCCUUGUCUUUCCCAAUAAAAGCUGAAUGAAACUGUAGCCUAUAUGCCAUACACAAUAAUUCCAACAUUAGGCUGCAGCUGCUGUGCCACUUAAUUCUGUAUUUCAGUUGAUCAUCUACGUUGCGAAAAAAUAAUAUUAAUAAAUUAAUAUUAAAUAAAUAAGCCCUUACUGGAUUUUAUUUGUUUUUAUGUAACCAUUUUUAAAUGUUUUAUUUGUGCAUAUAUUAUGUGCUAUUUUAUGUUAUAUAGUCAAUUGUUUUUGUUCCUGCAAAACGGUGUAAAACCUAUUGAGACAAAACAAAUAAAAUAAUAAAUACAAGGAUUCUGAA